AUGGCCUGCAUCACCGAGACGCGCGUCCCGUCCCCCUCUCUCUCCGAGUUCAACACCCCCCUCUCAGAACACACCCCUCCCUUCCGGGGACGGCUGGAAGAGUCCCCCGCCUGCACCCCUGAGAUGGACCUGACCCCCACCCAGUGUGUCCUGCGGAAUGUACUAUCCAUCGACACCGGGGGUGCUCCGGUGCCUGAGGGCGGGGGAGGUGGAAGAGGUGGCCAUAAUGAAGAACACACCUGCGGGGGACACAGCCCCACGCCGAGCGAAGAACAGCAGGAGUACUUUGCCAACAGCGUGCUGAAACUCCAUGAGAAUGGGGAAGGAGGGGGGAGGACAGAGGGAGAGGGCCAGGACGCAGAGGGAGGGGCAGUCCGGAGCAAGGCUGAUGAUGUGAGACUGCUGUCGGGAGGAAGUGGAGGGUUUCUGGAGGGACUGUUUGGGUGUCUAAAGCCAGUCUGGACCAUGAUCGGCAAGGCCUACUCCACCGAACACAAACACAAUUUGGAAGGUAAGAAGAGAGAUAGGGAUUGUAGUUAGGGUCAGGAGCUUCUCCUGACCACAUGACUUGACCAGGAAACAAUACAAAUAUUGACCCUUCUUGCACACUAUUGUGUGUGAUCACAAUUUGAACAGAUGUAAUGAUAGCUUUUUGGUAUGCCUUUUCAGAAAAUGCUUGCUUUUAAAGACAUGCUCUGGAAUUGUGGCGACUAGUAAAUAUUUUUUCAACCUACCGCUUUGGGCUGGAUGUGUCAAUGAGUAGUUCAUACAUGCAUAAUCUAUGAGCAGAAUUACUGGCUUACCUCAGCUAGCCACGAAAUCCCUAGUUUGAAAGCGACUGUUUACUGGAAGCAGUGCGGCACCAUUUUCCCUACAUUUUCCCCCAAGUGGGCCAGCCCCCUAGCAAUUCGAGUUCCAGCCAAUGAGCUUUAGCCCCUUGCCAUUUGAGUGACAGCUAGCAAGAUGCACACACAGUAGAGUGAGCGAGAGAGUGCAAUGAUGUGGUGCACAUAUCUGCACAUAUGUGACGUAGUACACAAUUUUCAGGGAUCACUUUUGGCUCGUGAGCAUUACUUUCAGAACUACUGGCUAAAAAGAAUACAAAAGUACUGAAGAAUCUCUUUAAGUAUGGAUGAAAGCGUUGAUACACAACAAAAGUAUGUGGACCCCUGCUCGUUAAACAUCUCAUUCCAAAAUCAUGGGCAUUAAUAUAGAGUUGGGCCCUCCUUUGCUGCAAUAACAGCCUCCACUCUUCUGGAAAGGCUUUCCACUAGAUGUUGGAAUGAGGGGACUUGCUUCCAUUCAGCCACAAGAGCAUUAGUGAGGUCGGGCACUGAUUUUGGACGAUUAGGCCUGGCUCGCAGUCAGCAUUCCAAUUCAUCCCAAAGGUGUUCGUGAGGUUGAGGUCAGGGCUCUGUGCAGGCCAGUCAAGUUCUUCCACACCGAUCUCGACAAACCAUUUCCGAAUGGACCUCACUUUGUGCACAUGGGCAUUGUCAUGCUGAAACAAGAAAGGGCCUUCCCCAAACUGUACAGAAUCAUGUUGAAUGCUGUAGCGUUAAGAUUUCCCUUCACUGGAACUAAGGGGCCUAGCCCGAACCUUGAAAAACAGCCCCAGACCAUUAUUCCUCUUCCACAAACUUUACAGUCGGCACUAUGCAUUGGGGCAGGUAGCAUUCUCCUGGCAUCCGCCAAACCCAGAUUAGUCCGUCGGACUGCCAGAUGGUGAAGCGUGAUUCAUCAUUCCAGAGAACGCAUUUCCACUGCUCCAGAGUCUAAUGGCGACGAGCUUUACACCACUCCAGGUGACGCUUGGCAUCGCGCAUGGUGAUCUUAGGCUUGUGUGCAGCUGCUCGGCCAUGGAAACCCAUUUCAUGAAGCUCCCAACUAACAGUUAUUGUGCGGACAAUGCUUCCAGAGGCAGUUUGGAACUCAGUAGUAAGUGUUGCAACCGAGGACAGACGAUUUUUAAGCAUUGGAAAUACUUUUAGCGGAUGAUCUGCUUCUGUUCUGUGGGUGGCACUGUGUGCUGUUUUCGAAGGAUGGGUCCUGGCCCCUCGGGGGGCCUAGGGAUCCGGGGGGACGGGAGUGGUCUGCCGGUCACUGGGAAGACGGCCCAACUUGGGAUGGGGGAUUUAGCGGGUGGAAUAGUGGAGAACAAUUGGAGGGUUACUUAGUAGCAAUGCAAAUAUCAUUGUACAGCUAUAUGGACACUCAAUCACAAUGGUACUUUUUAAUGGUACAUUUACAAACAUAUAGUAUGAUAAAUAGGUAUUAGGUGAAAUAAGUAUAGCCAGUUAUAAUUGUAAUGGCUUAGCAGAUAAUAAGAAAAGAAGAACAAUAUUUACCUUGCUAAAAGAGAAGGAAUAUAAUAUCUAUUGUUUACAGGAAACUCAUUCAACAAUUUUUUGUGUGGAAAAAGGACUGGGGGGCGAAAUAUACUUUUCCCAUGGGAAAGAAACUCGAAAGGGGUGAUGAUAUUAAUUAACAGUAAUUUUGAUCCGAAUGUGCAAAUUGUCCAAACAGAUCCGCAAGGUAAAUAGAUGAUUUCAAAAAUGUUAUUGGACCAUAAACAGAUAUGGCUCAUUAACCUUUACUGACCAAAUAAUGAUGAUCCACGCUUCUUUGAAAAUAUAUACACUACUCGUUCAAGGGUGUUUCUUUAUUUUUACUAUUUUCUACUUUGUAGAAUAAUAGUGAAGACAUCAAAACUAUGAAAUAACACAUAUGGAAUCAUGCAGUAACCAAAAAAGUGUUAAACAAAUCAAAAUAUAUUUUAUAUUUGAGAUUCUUCAAAUAGCCACCAUUUGCCUUGAUGACAGCUUUGAACACUCUUGGCAUUCUCAUUCCAUCUCCUUUAACCGAAGCUAAUAAUAUGGAUUUUGUUUCUAUUCAUAUUGUAAAAUUAACAACCAUACAGAAAGACUAAUGUGAAGGCGAAAUUACAGAGGAGGAACUUCUUGAUGCAAUUAAAUCCUUUAAGUCCGGGAAAACUCCAGGGCUGGAUGGCAUACCAGUUGAGGUAUACCAAACCUUUUUUGAUAUACUCAGAGGACCGUUAUUAGCAUGUUUUAACAACUCCUAUGUAAAUGGUAGAUUAUCAGACUCUCAACAAGAGGGGCUGAUUUAAUUAUUACUGAAACAGGAUACAAGUGGGAAAUAUAAAGAUCCAGUCCAUUAAAAAAAUUGGAGGCCCCUUACACUUCAGUGUUGCGAUGCAAAACAUCUAGCAAAAUCUAUAACGCAUAGAAUUAAAAGGAAUUGUCGCACAAUAUUCAUUCUAAUCAGACAGGUUUUAUACAUGGACAAUACAUUGGAGAUAAUAUAAGGCAAGUACUGGAAACAAUAGAACACUAUGAAAAAUCUGGGAAACCAGGCCUGCUAUUAAUAGCUGACUUUGAAAAGGCUUUUGAUAAAGUACGACUGGAGUUUAUAUAUAAAUGCCUGGAACAUUUCAAUUUUGGAGAAUCUCUUAUAAAAUGGGUUAAAAUCAUGUAUAGUAACCCUGGGUGUAAAAUUGCAAAUAUUGGCUACUUCUCAGAAAGUUUUAAACUGUCAAGAGGACUAGAACAAGGAUGUCCACUAUCGGCAUAUAUAUUUAUUAUGGCCAUAUUAAAAUCAGAUCCAACAAUAAUAUCAAGGGAUUAGAAAUCCAGGGCUUAAAAACAAAGGUGUGGUACGCUGAUGAUUCAUGUUUUCUUUUAAAUCCAAAACGUGGGUCCCUCCACAGCCACGUAGAGGAUCUAGAUAAUUUUUCUAACCUCUCUGGAUUACAACCAAAUUAUGAUAAAUGUACUAUAUUACGUAUUGGAUCACUAAAAAAUACAACUUUUACAUUACUGUGUAGUUUACCAAUAAAAUGGUCUGAUGGUGAUGUGGAUAUACUCGGUAUACAUAUCCCGAAAGAAAGAAAUGAUCUCACUCCAAUAAAUGUUUAUAGAAAGUUAGCAAAAAUAGAUAAGAUCUUGCUACCAUGGAAAGGUAAAUACCUGUCUAUUUGUGGAAAUAUCACCCUGAUUAACUCUUUAGUAAUAUCCCAGUUUACCUAUUUGCUUGUGGUCUUGCCUACACAUAGCGAACCGUUUUUUAAAUUAUAUGAGAAAAAAAUAUUCCAUUUAAUUUGGAACGGCAAGCCAGACAAAAUUAAAUGGGCCUAUUUAUAUAAUGAAUAUGAAUUCGGAGAGUAUACAUUUUUAAAUAUUAAAGCAUUAGACCUCUCACUAAAGGCUUCAGUCAUACAAAAGUUAUACUUAAAUCUGAACUGGUUCUCCAGCAAAUUAGUAAGAAUGUCUCACCCUGUGUUCAAGAAUGGCCUUUAUCCCUUUAUUCAGAUUACAACCUCUCACUUUCAGUUAUCUCCCAAAAAUUGCUAUUUUUAAAACAAGUCAUAGAAAGUUGGUUGCAAUUUCAAUUUCAUCAACCAGAAAGGACAGAACAAAUAAUGCAACAAAUAUUGUGGUUAAACUCAAAUAUACUAAUUGAUUAAAAAAAGGCAUAAUUUUCGUAAAUUAUAUCAUAGGUAGGACUGGUGGAGUUAUGUUGCACAUGCAGCUAACAAAAACAUAUGGAAAUGUCUGCUCUACGCAAAAUUACAACCAACUAAUUGCAGCAUUACCGCAAAAAUGCAAGAGGAAAGUGGAAGGGGGAAAAAGUAAGGAACUUAUCUGUCGGCCCUACAUUAACGACUAUCAUUGGUUAAAGAAAAUUCGGAUAAAUAAAAAAGUAUACCAGUUUCAUUUAAGGACCAAAAAAUGGACAGCUGUGCCAUAUAGAUUGCAAAAUAGUUGGGAAGAGAUUUCUGACGUACCAAUUCCAUGGCACAGGGUUUAUGAACUGAUACGCAAAACGACACAGGAUUCAAAACUUUGAAUUUUUCAAUUUACAAUAUUAUACAAAAUUCUUGCAACCAAUAGAAUGUUAUUUAUAUGGGGGAUACAACCUUCCCAGCUCUGCAGAGUUUGCUGCGAAGAGACAGAAUCAUUAGAUAAUUUGUUUUGGUACUGUAGCUCAGCUGGUAGAGCACGGCGCUUGUAACGCCAAGGUAGUGGGUUCGAUCCCCGGGACCACCCAUACACAAAAAUGUAUGCACGCAUGACUGUAAGUCGCUUUGGAUAAAAGCGUCUGCUAAAUGGCAUAUUUAUUUAUUUAUUUAUUUUAUAUUUUUUUUCAAAAAACUAAAUGGGGGAUUGAAAGUGAUGCAUUGAUCUACACUACAAUCUAUCUGCAAUAUUAAAGCUGAUCUAACCCCCGCUAUGUGCUUCAGCAAUCGGCGGUCCCGUUCUGUGAGCUUUUGUGGCCUACCAUUCGCGGUUGAGCCAUUGUUGCUCAUAGAUGCUUCCACUUCACAAUAACAGCACUUACAGUGAGGGAAAAAAAGUAUUUGAUCCCAUGCUGAUUUUGUACGUUUUUCCACUGACAAAGACAUGAUCAGUAUAUGAUUUAAAUGGUAGGUUUAUUUGAACAGUGAGAGACAGAAUAACAACAAAAAAAUCCAGAAAAACGCAUGUCAAAAAUGUUAUAAAUUGAUUUGCAUUUUAAUGAGGGAAAUAAGUAUUUGACCCCUCUGCAAAACAUGACUUAGUACUUGGUGGCAAAACCCUUGUUGGCAAUCACAGAGGUCAGACGUUUCUUGUAGUUGGCCACCAGGUUUGCACACAUCUCAGAAGGGAUUUUGUUCCACUCCUCUUUGCAGAUCUUCUCCAAGUCAUUAAGGUUUCGAGGCUGACGUUUGGCAACUCGAACCUUCAGCUCCCUCCACAGAUUUUCUAUGGGAUUAAGGUCUGGAGACUGGCUAGGCCACUCCAGGACCUUAAUGUGCUUCUUCUUGAGCCACUCCUUUGUUGCCUUGGCCGUGUGUUUUGGGUCAUUGUCAUGCUGGAAUACCCAUCCACGACCCAUUUUCAAUGCCCUGGCUAAGGGAAGGAGGUUCUCACACAAGAUUUGACGGUACAUGGCACCGUCCAUCGUCCCUUUGAUGCGGUGAAGUUGUCCUGUCCCUUUAGCAGAAAAACACCCCCAAAGCAUAAUGUUUCCACCUCCAUGUUUGACGGUGGGGAUGGUGUUCUUGGGGUCAUAGGCAGCAUUCCUCCUCCAAACACGGCGAGUUGAGUUGAUGCCAAAGAGCUCGAUUUUGGUCUCAUCUGACCACAACACUUUCACCCAAUUCUCCUCUGAAUCAUUCAGAUGUUCAUUGGCAAACUUCAGACGGCCCUGUAUAUGUGCUUUCUUGAGCAGGGGGACCUUGCGGGCGCUGCAGGAUUUCAGUCCUUCACGGCGUAGUGUGUUACCAAUUGUUUUCUUGGUGACUAUGGUCCCAGCUGCCUUGAGAUCAUUGACAAGAUCCUCUUGUGUAGUUCUGGGCUGAUUCCUCACCAUUCUCAUGAUCUUUGCAACUCCACGAGGUGAGAUCUUGCUUGGAGCCCCAGGCCGAGGGAGAUUGACAGUUAUUUUGUGUUUCUUCCAACUGUUGUCACCUUCUCACCACGAUGGUCUUGUAGCCCAUUCCAGCCUUGUGUAGGUCUACAAUCUUGUCCCUGACAUCCUUGGAGAGCUCUUUGGUCUUGGCCAUGGUGGAGAGUUUGGAAUCUGAUUGAUUGCUUCUGUGGACAGGUGUCUUUUAUACAGGUAACAAACUGAGAUUAGGAGCACUCCCUUUAAGAGUGUGUUCCUAAUCUCAGCUCGUUACCUGUAUAAAAGACACCUGGGAGCCAGAAAUCUUUCUGAUUGAGAGGGGGUCAAAUACUUAUUUCCCUCAUUAAAAUGCAAAUCAAUUUAUAACAUUUUUGACAUGCGUAUUUCUGGAUUUUUUGUUGUUAUUCUGUCUCUCACUGUUCAAAUAAACCUACCAUUAAAAUUAUAGACUGAUCAUUUCUUUGUCAGUGGGCAAACGUACAAACUCAGCAGGGGAUCAAAUACUUUUUUCCCUCACUGUACAUAUGACCGGGGCAGCUCUAGCAGGGCAGAAAUUUGACGAACUGACUUGUUGGAAAGGUGGCUUCCCAUGACGGUGCCACGUUGAAAGUCACUGAGCUCUUCAGUAAGGCCAUUCUACUGUCAAUGUUUGUCUAUGGAGAUUGCAUGGCGGUGUGCUCGAUUUAUACACCUGUCAACAACGGGUGUGGCUGAAAUAGCCGAAUCCACUAACUUGAAGGGGUGUCCACAUACUUUUGAAUAUAUAGUGGAUGUUAAUGGGAUGAUAGGCCUACAUGUGUUUAUGUAUAAUUAUAUCAACCAGUCGGUGGUAAAAUUUCUCAAUAAAAUAGAACACACCAGCAUAUUGUAAGUACACCCUCGCUCUCUGACUGGAGAGCUGGAGAGAGAAAGAGAGAGAGAGAGGGUGGUAGGGUGGGGUAGAAGAUGGAGAUAGAUCAAAAAGCAGAGGGCAGAGAGAGAGAGGCGGAAUAAAACAUCCGUGCACCUCUCUGCCAGAUAGUGUUUGGGUGUUUGAGUGUGUUUUUGUGUGGGUAUGUGCACGCCUGUGUCUAUGUGAGAGUGUUUGUGUGUGCGCAUGCCUCUGUGUGUGUGUGUGUGUGAGAGAUGGUUUGCUGUGGCUGCGCGUGUUAAUAGAGAUGAGAGGUGCAGGGUCAGUGUGUGGUGUUGAAUAAUGUAUGAGUUAGAUUUGGCGGAGGGGUCCCAGGGGAGAGGAGGGCUAUUGUAGCAGCCAGACUGCAGACAUAAACAGGCCUGUCUCCCUGCCUGCGUCUCACACACACACACACACACACACACACACACACACACACACACCACACCGGUGCAGGCGCACACACACACACACACACACACACACACACACACACUCUGUAGUCUUCUGGGUAAUACGUUUUCCACUCUAAAUCCUGCCAUUGUGGCAAGGUGACUGUAACAAGACUUCUGUGCUCUGGAGGGGACAGAGAGAGGGAACGGGAGAGGAGGGGAUGAGAGGAGGAGGAGGAGGAGAGGGGGAAAGGAGUGAGAGAGGGAAGGGGAGGAGAGGGGAAGAGGAGAGGAAGAGGGGGAUUUGGGAGGCUAUUGUGGAAGAGUAGCAGAGGAGAGGUGAGAGCGAGGGAACAUGAGGCGAGUGUUGAGAGGAGGGGAAAAGGGGGAUUUGAGAGGCUAAUAUGGAAGGAUAGCAGAGGAGGGGUGGGGGGGAUUCCCCAGGGAUGGGGGUGAUGGGGGUUGGGGAUGGGGAGUCUGCCUGAUAAGGGGAGACAGACAGACAGUUAACACAGGAUGCCGAAAUUACUGCUGUUCUGCUGUUCCCUUCCUUCACAGGGAGAAUUUUCUGAUACAUUUAUCAAAUUAGCCAGGACGCUACGAAUGAUUAUUGAUCUACCUUGAUGGGAUUCGUUUUUCAGAAGUCUAUAAAUUAUUGCCAAAUGGUUGCCAUGAAGUAUGAUUAUUAUAUUCUGUUGUUGUUGUAGUUGUCUUUCUUUCAUGCAUGGUUUGCAGUGCAACUCUAUUAUUUGUUUAUCCGGAUCCCCAUUAGCUUUGGCAGAAGCAGCAGCUACUCAUCCUGGGGUCCACAAGAAACACAAAACAUAACAAGUAAGAAAACACUGAUACACUGAAAGACAAAGACAGUCACCAAAAUGUUAAAUACAACAAUAUAAAAACAAUACAACAACAAAAAUAAGUGUGUGUUUGUGCGUGUCCCCUCACAGUCCCCACCGUUCCAUGAGAUGUUGUUUAAUCCAUUUUUUAAAGGGAAUUUUGCUGUUUGCUUGAGUAAUUGGAGAUGGAAGGGAGUUCCAUGCGAUCAUGGCUCUGUAUAGUACUGUGUGUUGCCGUGAAUUCGUUUUGGACUUGGGGACUGUGAAGACCCCUGGUGGCAUGUCUUGUGGGGUAUGUAUGGGUGUCUGAGCUGAAUGUUAUUUCAUUAUGCAGACAAUCUUGAAUUUUUAAUCACAGUAAUAUUUCCCAUGAAAACUAAAUGAGAAGCAGUUAAUCUCUCGUCAACCCUCAACUAGGAAAGACUGGCAUGCAUGUUGUUGAUGUUAGUUCUGUGUGUGCAGUUAAGGGCAAGGCAUUCUGCUCUGUUUUGAGCCAGCUGCAGCUUUGCUAGGUCUUUCUUUGCUGCACUUGACCAUAUUAGCGGACAGUAAUCAAGAUGGGACAAGCCCAGAGCCUGAACAACCAGUACAAUGGAUUUUUGUGUCAAAAAAGCAGAACAUAUUUUUAUAGCAGACAUACCCCUCCCCAUGUUCACAACAGUUUUGUCAAUAUGACUUGACCAUGAUAAUUGACCAUCCAAUGUUAUACCUGGGAGUUUAGCUUCUUCAGCUUGCUCAAUGGUCACACCCUUUAUGUACAACUCCAGUUGAGGUGUAGGUCUUAGAGAAUGUUUUGAACCAAAUACAAUACUUUUAGUUUUAGAUGUAUUUAAGACCAGUUUUUUAUUAAUCUCCCAUUCUGAUACUGACUGUAACUCCUUAUUUAGAAUUUCAGUGAGCUCACUGGCUUUGGGUGCUGACAUGUAGUGUGGAAUCAUAUUGAUAAUUUAAAGGUACAGUAUGUACAUGUAUACUGUAUGUCAAGGAAUGGUGUCCAUCCUAGAUGCAGUAAUAUUGGAAAUAUUUGUUUUCAGUUACUGUCAUUCUCAAAGCAGUGACUCACUCACUCAUUAACAGGAUGUGUCUCACCCCGACCCCUUUUUUUCUGCCAAUACUGUUUCGCUGACCUCUCUCUUUUCUCUCCCUUUCUCCGUGUUCUCUCCCCCUUCCUCCUCUCCCCUCUCCUCUCCAGAGUUGUGGGAGGUACCAUUUGAGGACAUCUCAGAGCUGCAGUGGGUAGGCAGCGGGGCCCAGGGGGCUGUCUUCCUGGGGAAACUCCACGGACAGGAAGUAGCGGUGAAGAAGGUCCGAGACAUCAAGGAGACAGACAUCAGACACCUGAGGAAGCUCAAACACCCCAACAUCAUCACCUUCAAGUGAGAAUACUAGCAAAAAUAUCAGGGGUUUUCUUCUUCAUCUGCUCAUGUCGUCCCCAGUUUCCUAUUUUCCUUGCCAUUAGUCCCCAGAUCUUUGUGUUCUGAUCAUGUAUGCCUGUGUCUGGGUUGUCCAUGUUUUUGUCUUAUACUGGUGACAAACCACAUUUCCCCUCAGAGAAUCCGUAAGUUGUAUUCAUUAAUUCCCUCCAGGGGUAUGUACAGUAGGUUGUAAAUAGUGAUGAUGUGUUCAGGGUCUUUCUGGCUCAUUUCCUCAACCCUUCUAUCAUCCCACUGUUCCCUCUCUUCCCUACAAAGACGUAGAUCGGUUAUAAAAAUAGAUGAUAUGUUGAGUCAUGUCUUUACUCACCCCCCUUCUCUUUUUCUCCUACCUAUCCUCCCUCUCUCCCUCUCUAGGGGUAUCUGCACCCAGGCUCCGUGCUACUGUAUCCUAAUGGAGUACUGUGCCCAGGGCCAGCUGUAUGAGGUGCUAAGGGCGGGCAGGAAGAUCACCCCCUCCCUGCUCAUCGACUGGGCCAUGGGCAUCGCUGGGGGCAUGAACUACCUUCACCUCCACAAGAUCAUCCACAGGGACCUCAAGUCACCCAAGUGAGUUCUACCUACAUUGAUAACUAUACUUUAACUUCAUUGUAGAUCUGUUUGUGCUUGAGCCAACACCUCUGUUGUGUUCAUUGUCAUGCAAACAUAUGGUCAUACACAAAGUAAAUAUCAAAUUCUACGACUUAUUUCCAUUGAGGUUGUUUUAGUGUCCGUGUAUCACGGUACCAGACCUCAACACCAUAUUCUCGUUAAUGUCGUUUGAAUAGUUAUAGGACGGCUGGCGCUGUGGCUACCGUACAUUUUCCUGACUGUGCCUGUUCCCUCCAGCAUGUUGAUUACGUACGACGACGCGGUGAAGAUCUCCGACUUUGGCACGUCUAAAGAGAUGAGUGAUAAGAGCACCAAGAUGUCAUUCGCCGGUACGGUGGCCUGGAUGGCCCCGGAGGUCAUCAGGAACGAACCCGUCUCAGAGAAGGUCGACAUCUGGUAAGAGUAAGGUCUCUCUCUCUCUCUCUCUCUCUCUCUCUCUCUCUCUCUCUCUCUCUCUCUCUCUCUCUCUCUCUCUCUCUCUCUCUCUCUCUCUCUCUCUCUCUCUCUCUCUCUCUCUCUCUCUCACUCUCACUCUCACUCUCACUCUCACUCUCACUCUCACUCUCUCACUCUCACUCUCACUCUCACUCACUUGGAUUGGAACCAGGUGCUAUGGUCUUUGGCCACGCACACAAGUGGUGGGUUUGGCAUCGAAAGCAGGAUACAUAUGCAGAAAAUAACCUCAUACCUACUGUAAAAUAUGGUGGUGGAUAUUUGAUGUUAUGGGGCUGUUUUGCUUCCAAUGGUCCUGGGGCACUUGUUAAGGUCAACAGCAUCAUGAACUCUACCAAGUACCAGGACAUUUUAGCCAUAAACCUGGUUGACUUUGCCAGGAGGCUGAAACUUGGCCACAAGUGGAUCUUCCAGCAAGACAAUAACCCCAAGCACACAUAAAAAUCCACAAAGAAAUGGUUAAUUGAUUUUAAAAAAUAUUAACAUUUUGCAUCACAGUAUCCGGACUUGAACCUGUGGUUUUAAUUGAAGAGGGCAGUCCAUGAGCGCAGACCAAAGGAUACCAAGGAUCUGGAAAGAUGCUGUAUGGAGGAAUGUUCUAACAUCCAUCCCAAUGUGUUCUCCAAUUUCAUAAAGCAUUAUAGAAAAAGGCUUAGUGCUGUUAUCCUUGCAAGGGGAGGGUGCACAAAGUAUUGAAAAUGGGUGGCAAUACUUUUGAGACAUACUGUAUCUUUGAGAUUUGUUUUUAUUACUUGUUAAACAAAAUAUAUUUCUCUGAGCAAUUGUAUUAGUAUAACAUAGUAUCAUUUUCUCAUUUUUGGAGCAUUACACAGUCUUUUUUGCUCAUCUUUAUCAAGGGUGCCAAUAAUUUAGAAGUGACUGUAUGGUCAAAAUGUUGGACUCUAAAAGGUUUUAGAACCGGGCAAAGCACCCUUGUUUUUAGCAGUAUACUGUAUCUGCUUUAUCUAUCUAAUAGCACUACAUCUCUUGGCCUCAUGGUUAUCUGUUCUGAGAGAAGGGAUGAUUUGAGGCGUUGUGUGUAUCCUCUGUCCUGUCUGCACUAACAUCUUCUGACAUUUGGGCCAGAGAACUGGCUAAAUAUAAAAGAACAUUGGGUUCUUUUUUGUUAGACAAUAAAAUGGGAGGACUCAUUUGAGUGAGUGCUCCUUGUCUUUGGAAAUAUUAGACAUAUGCACUGUGACUAUAUGUGGUAGUGAAACAGCAAGGUUAGAACUUUCCCUCCCAGUACUUUCCUAAUCCCUACCCUGUGACAGGUCUAAACUAUCGUCCUACUCAGUGCCCUGUGCCAGGUAUGUACCAGGUCUCCAGUACCUCCCUGCCCUGUGCCAGGCCUCCCCAUGCUGCACCAAUAAUUGUCUCUCUCCAGAUUAAACAUUGAAGCACAAAUUGAGCUACAGAUUUAGGAUCUUAAAUUGAGCCAGUUUGCUACGGCAGGAAAAUAAUCCUGCAGCAACAGGAAAUGUGAAUUAUGUGGAUUAUAAUUAAUGGACAUUUCUGUCAGGGUUGAUACAUUUGUUGUAAGGUCAAAUCAGGUCUGAAAUUUCAAAGUGGAAAUUACAAACUUUACAAGGCUUUUUCAACCUCAAAUACACUACAAGUUUAAAAUGUCCUGCACUGCUCUCUCCCUCCCACACAAAGCUAUUGGUGCUUUCUCCCUCCCACACAAUGCUAUUGGUGCACUCUCCCUUCCACAUGAUACGAUUGGUGCGUACCAGAGUCACCAUGGCAAUAUAAGGUGCCAUCAACAACAACACUUCCAUAGUCCCUCAGCCUGCGUGUUAUCCCCCAGCCUCUCCCCGACGAUAGGGGCUGAGCCACACACUGGCCCUGAGCCAACCAAGCACCCUGACACCAGACAGGCUAGGGCAUGGGUAGGCAACCCUGUUCCUGGAAUUCCGCAGGUACUGCAGGAUUUUGUUCCAACUAGGCACCACACCUGACCAACUGAGCUAAUUGAUCAGUUCAGUGAUUGCCUAAAUUCAACACACCUGGUCUUCCAGGUCGGCACUCCAGGACCAGGGAAGGCCAAAUCAAAUUUUAUGUACACAUAUUUUGCAGAUGUUAUCGCAGGUGCAGCAAAAUGCUUAUGUUUCUAGCUUCCACAUUGCAGUAAUACCGAACAAUAAAAAACAAUACACACAAAUCCCAAAAAUAAAAAGAAAGAAAUUAAGAAAUAGCAGAGUCCGGAAUAUAAGUAUAUAUGUAUAUGAUGGUGUGUAUAGUCAGUAUGGACAGUAUAUGAAUAGAAAAGGUUUGUACAGCAGUAGUUAUAAAGGAUGAGCCUUGACUAGAAUACAGUAUAUACAAACGAAGUGGGUAAAACAGUAUGUAAACAUUAUCAAAGUGACCAGUGUUCAAUGACUACAGUGGGGAAAAAAAGUAUUUAGUCAGCCACCAAUUGUGCAAGUUCUCCCACUUAAAAAGAUGAGAGAGGCCUGUAAUUUUCAUCAUAGGUACACGUCAACUAUGACAGACAAAUUGAGGAAAAAAAAUCCAGAAAAUCACAUUGUAGGAUUUUUUAUGAAUUUAUUUGCAAAUUAUGGUGGAAAAUAAGUAUUUGGUCACCUACAAACAUGCAAGAUUUCUGGCUCUCACAGACCUGUAACUUCUUCUUUAAGAGGCUCCUCUGUCCUCCACUCGUUACCUGUAUUAAUGGCACCUGUUUGAACUUGUAAUCAGUAUAAAAGACACCUGUCCACAACCUCAAACAGUCACACUCCAAACUCCACUAUGGCCAAGACCAAAGAGCUGUCAAAGGACAUCAGAAACAAAAUUGUAGACCUGCACCAGGCUGGGAAGACUGAAUCUGCAAUAGGUAAGCAGCUUGGUUUGAAGAAAUCAACUGUGGGAGCAAUUAUUAGGAAAUGGAAGACAUACAAGACCACUGAUAAUCUCCCUCGAUCUGGGGCUCCACGCAAGAUCUCACCCCGUGGGGUCAAAAUGAUCACAAGAACGGUGAGCAAAAAUCCCAGAACCACACGGGAGGACCUAGUGAAUGACCUGCAGAGAGCUGGGACCAAAGUAACAAAGCCUACCAUCAGUAACACACUACGUUGCCAGGGACUCAAAUCCUGCAGUUCCAGACGUGUCCCCCUGCUUAAGCCAGUACAUGUCCAGGCCCGUCUGAAGUUUGCUAGAGUGCAUUUGGAUGAUCCAGAAGAGGAUUGGGAGAAUGUCAUAUGGUCAGAUGAAACCAAAAUAUAACUUUUUGGUAAAAAACUCAACUCGUCGUGUUUGGAGGACAAAGAAUACUGAGUUGCAUCCAAAGAACACCAUACCUACUGUGAAGCAUGGGGGUGGAAACAUCAUGCUUUGGGGCUGUUUUUCUGCAAAGGGACCAGUACGACUGAUCCGUGUAAAGGAAAGAAUGAAUGGGGCCAUGUAUCGUGAGAUUUUGAGUGAAAACCUCCUUCCAUCAGCAAGGGCAUUGAAGAUGAAACGUGGCUGGGUCUUUCAGCAUGACAAUGAUCCCAAACACACCGCCCGGGCAACGAAGGAGUGGCUUCGUAAGAAGCAUUUCAAGGUCCUGGAGUGGCCUAGCCAGUCUCCAGAUCUCAACCCCAUAGAAAAUCUUUGGAGGGAGUUGAAAGUCCGUGUUGCCCAGCGACAGCCCCAAAACAUCACUGCUCUAGAGGAGAUCUGCAUGGAGGAAUGGGCCAAAAUACCAGCAACAGUGUGUGAAAACCUUGUGAAGACUUACAGAAAAUGUUUGACCUGUGUCAUUGCCAACAAAGGGUAUAUAACAAAGUAUUGAGAAACUUUUGUUAUUGACCAAAUACUUAUUUUCCACCAUAAUUUGCAAAUAAAUUCAUUAAAAAUCCUACAAUGUGAUUUUCUGGAGAAAGAAAAUCUCAUUUGGUCUGUCAUAGUUGACGUGUACCUAUGAUGAAAAUGACAGGCCUCUCUCAUCUUUUUAAGUGGGAGAACUUGCACAAUUGGUGGCUGACUAAAUACUUUUUUUCCCCACUGUAUGUACAUAGGGCAGCAGUCCCUAAGGUACAGGGUAGAGUACCGGGUGGUAGCCGGCUAGUAACAGUGACUAAGUUCAGGGCAGGGUACUGGGCGGAGGCCGGCUAGUAGUGACUAUUUAACAGUCUGAUGGCCUGGAGAUAGAAGAUGGUAGCGGGGGGAACAGGCCAUGGCUCGUGUCGCUGAGGUCCUUAAUGAUCUUUCUAAAGGCAAUUCACAAUCCAAUUCCAAACUUGCCUUGAUGCCACAGGUAGGUGAUGCCGUAGUCAGACGAGCUUCCAAAGCAACCACAGAACAGGGACUCCAAAGCUCCAAUAGUGUAAAAACAAACAUUUAACAAAAGGUAAUUUCAUAGGCUAUAUUCCAUCGAUGAACAAAGUCAAAGCGAUCAGAUUUAAACUGUAAACAAAAGAUAUAGACUAGUAGCAGCUUUCUUAGUUCCAAGUCGUAGUGUAACAGUAGAAAACAGUAAGGUACCACCAUACCUGAGGCCUAGUAGACCCAUACUGCAAAAAAACAGUAAGGUACCACCAUACCUGAGGCCUAGUAGACCCAUACUGCAAAAAAACUAAAAAGGGAAGGGGAACAUGGGGAAAAAAGGGGUGUGUCCAGGAAAGGCUCCAUAAUGCUUUUAAAUACCCAUGAUAAUCAUAAUAGAAAACCCAAAACAUGAGUUCAUCAACCAUAAUUCAUAAUGAAAUAUUUAUACUUAUAUUCAAUAAUAUAAUUUUUCUAAAUGGAUUAAAAAAAACAAUAAAUAUAGCACAAAGGAAGAAAAUGAGAAUUUGGCUCCAACAAUCUUCUUGGCCUUCCUUUGACACCAGGUGCUGUAGAUGUACUGUAGGGCCAACAGUGCGCCUCCGGUAAUGGGUUGGGCUGACCGCACCACCCUCUGGAGAGCCCUGCGGUUGCGGACGGUGCAAUUGCCGUACCAGGCGGUGAUACAGCCCGACAGGAUGCUCUCAAUGGUGCAUCUGUAGAAGUUUGUGAGGGUCUUAGGGGCCAAGCUGAAAUUCUUCAGCCUCCUGGGGUUGUAGCGCCUUCUUCACCACAUUGUCUUCAGCCUCUCCACUGCGACCCCGUCGAUAUAGAUGUGGGGUGUGCUUCCUCUGCUGUCUCCUAAAAUCCACGGUUAGCUCCUUCAUUUUGUUGACGUUGAGGGAGAGAUAUUUUCCUGUCAUCACUCCGCCAAGGCCCUCACCUCCUCCCUGUAGGCUGUCUCGUCGUUGUUGGUAAUCAGGUCUACCACUGUUGUGUCAUCUGCAAACUUGAUGAUUGAGUUGGAGAUGUGCGUGGCCAUGCAGUCAUGGGUGAACAGGGAGUACAGGAGGAGGCCCAGCACGCACCCUUGUGGGGCCCCCGUGUUGAGGAUCAGCGUAGCGGAGGUGUUGUUGCCUACCUUCACCACCUGGGGUCGGCCCAUCGGGAAGUCCAGGACCCAGUUGCACAGGGUGAGGUUCAGACCUAGGGCCCCAAUCUUAGUGAUGACCUUGGAGGGCACUAUGGUGUUGAAGGCUGAGCUGUAGUCGAUAAACAGCAUUCUUACAUAGGUAUUCCUCUUGUCCAGAUGGGAUAGGGCAGUCUGCAGUGUAAUGGUGAAUGCGUCAUCCGUGGAUCUGUUGGGACGGUAUGCAAAUUGUAGUGGGUCUAGGGUGCCAGGUAAGGUGGAGGUGAUAUGAUCCUUAACUAGCCUCUCAAAGCACUUCAUGAUGACAGAAGUGAGUGCUAUGGGGCGAUAGUCAUUUAGUUCAGUUACCUUCGCUUUCUUGGGUACAGGAACAAUGGUGGACAUCUUGAAGCAAUUGUGUACAACAGACUGGGAUAAGGAGAGAUUGAACUGGUCUGCACAUGCUCUGAGGACACGGCUUGGGAUGCCGUCUGGGCCGGCAGCCUUGCGAGCGUUAACACGCUUACAUUUCCUACUCACGUCGGCCACGGAGAACGAGAGCUCACAGUCCUCAUGAUCAGCGGUGGCCUGCGUCAGCGGCCAGGGGAACACAGUACACACAUAAACACAGGCUGUCUGACUGACCCCUUUACUACUCACAAUCAAACAUGUACACCGCUUUAUGUUCAUUGUGUGUUAGUUCAGAGAUGAAAACAACAUUGGAAAAAGCACGGAGGGUACAUAAAAGAGGAGACAAACACAAGGGGAGGAGUGAUGUGUUGUCUUAUAAAACGUGUGUACUAGAUUGGUUUCAGACUGUCUUUAUUGUAUAAUAAUAAUUUAUUGCAUUUACAUAGUGCCUUUCCACCUACAGUAGGUGCUAAAAGUGCUUUACAUGGUAAGGGGGGAAACUCACAUCUUCCACCACCAAUGUGUAACACCCACUUGGGUGAUGCAUGGAAACCAUUUUGUUCAAGAACACUCACCACACAUCAGCUAUCAUGGUGGAGAGGUGAGGCGUGAUAUAUGCCAAUCAGGAAUCAGUGAGAUGAUUGGGAAUUUGGCCAGGCACCCUACGCAGAGCAAUGUCCCCUUCACUGCCCUGAGAUCUCAGACCAGAGGGAAGAGCCCUCUACUUGCCAUCCAACACCACUUCCAGCCCCAUCUGGUCUCCCAUCCAGGGACUGACCAGGACCAACCCUGAUUAGCUUUAGAGACAGGCCAGCAGUAGGAUGCAGGGUGGUAUGCUGCUGGCAUAUGCUAUGGUAUGGAAAGGUUAGUCUUAAAGAUUAGUUGGAGCUCAUGCAUGUCUCUCUCUCUUUCACUCUAGGUCGUUUGGUGUGGUGCUGUGGGAGAUGCUAACAGGAGAGGUGCCGUAUAGAGAUGUGGACUCCUCGGCCAUCAUCUGGGGAGUGGGCAACAACAGCCUGAACCUGCCCGUCCCAGAGACCUGCCCAGAUGGAUUCAAAAUACUGCUGCGACAGUGCUGGUGA